GACUCUGUGGAAGAGGAAAGCAAUGAUGACGGGGAGAGUGACGACGUGGAUGAACAUGAGUCCGAUGAAGACAAAGUGGAAGAAGUGAAUGCUUCUCCCUCGGCUUUGGACAGUGGUGAGAGCGAGGCGGAUGAAAUGGAUGCGACCGCGGGGAAUGACUCAGAGGGCGAAGCGAUUGAUGCUUCACUAGUAGAGGUGCUGAAGACCCGUAGAGCUUGUGAAAAGGCGCUCAAAUCGCCAGGUGCCAAGCGUAACUGGAGGACUACUGUGGGAACCGAACGAGUUGGCACCGUGCCCAAAGUGGUGAUUUUUAUUCAUUGA